UUAGGUUUUACUGUUAGCCUGACAUCCAUCAGUUCUGAAAGCGAAGCAGUUGCGAAGACAUCAAUGGGUUGGACUGAUAGAAUAAGGUACCCGGCGGCUGUGAUCGCAGUUUCAGUGGGCGUGGUCGUUAUGUUGAUCAUAGCUUCCGGUCUCUGUUAUUGGCAGGUGAAGAAAGGCCGAGCGAGCUCGUCCGCAACGAUGAAAAGCCGACACAACAUCGGUUCACUUCAAGUGAAGUACGUAGUCCAGUCAAAUGAGUACGUAAUAGUGCCAGACCUAAAAGGACUUGGGAAUGAUUUUGGCACUAACUGA